CAGUGCAGCCAUUCAGCCAAUCAAGGCUUGCUGUCUCCAAGGUACACAGAAUUGCUAAGCGAGCCAUCAUCGAGCCGGAGGUGUGGAUGACCAUUACUCGCGAGAUUAUUCGCAGACAGCAGUAGGGCUGACCCAUAGGAAAGCGCCUUAUAGGGCUGAGACACCCGACAUCCCCAAGGUCCUCACGGAUUCCACUUCGGCCUCGCCGACUGGCAGCUGCAAGCGAGUGCAGGAUGCAGUGCAUUGUCUCCACCGGAAAAUGUCAUGUUGUGCGAGGUUUUCUCAGAUCCGAGUCGCGUGGUGCUCGUGGGAUGCUCGUGGUAUGCUCAUGCCCGAGUCGUGGGAGGAACAAAGUGGACCCGUCAGAUAUCUCACGGUCGGAUUUGGUUCAAAGUUGGAGGACAGUCUGAAUUUAAUGUCAGGUUCGAGUCAGUCACAGGAAAGAGCUCGUCCCACGGCAGCACAAUGGGUGGUUCGUGUGAACGCCUUUGUUGUGGCCAGGGAAGGGCUGGGUGGGUCAUGUUACCCAGAAACCCCGAUGGUCCCCGACCCAGCCAGAGUCCAGCCGUGGAUUAUAAGGAGCUGGUUCCCCUCCAGCCAUGACACCUCGAUGAUGAGUGCAAUCCCUCGGGAGGUGCAGUGGCUGGUUUUUUACGAACUACCGGUGAUGGCCAACUGCCUUUCACCCUCGGCAAAGGGAGCCGGCUCCGGACUGAGGUGGUACUUUUGCUAUCUGCCCCUAACCUCGAUUCAUUUCGCCGGCGCAUGUCCCAAACCAGUAUCCCGAACCGUGCUAUCGAAAGAUCCGCCAAGUCUCCCUGACAGAAACGAGAUGUAUCACAUUUAUCUGAGCGUCAAACCCGACGUCAACGGUACCCUCCAGCUCAGCUAACGAACCAUCUAUGUAUCCCGUACAGUCGGAAGCUC